AUGUCUCCAAGCGCCGGUGAUCCACUGGCAGAAAUGCCUACACCAGAAAUGAUCACUUUACUCUUCAAAUGCCACAAGUCCACGACAGUCCUAUCAGUCCUACCAGAGACACCAUUCAGCGAGAUAAAGAAUCUCCUGCUCGCGGCGCUUCGAUCACGGAAUGUAACAACCCUCCCGAACACAGAAACUCCUCUUCCCGAAGAUCCUGAGCAGCUCGAACUGGGGGUUCUCGUGGACAGGAAAGAUGCAAGCAAAGGCUGGGUACCCUUGCUGAUCAAAGAGCAAGAAUUCAGGGGAGCGAAGGGACUGAAGAAAAAAGUUGGAGGCGAGACAAGUGUCUUAAAUGAGAGUCCACUGGGUGCAGGUCUGAAUGAUGGCACCUGGAUUGCAUACCGGGUCAAAGCACAGCUGAAAAAGUCAGAAGACGUGGACAUGGCCGAAGCAGAUGGUGCAUCAGACCUAGAUCUCACUGAAGAUCCUGGCUGGGACGUGGUCAUCCCCAGCUUCGACGAUGACGACGUCAACGACGAGGAGGUUGAGUAA